AUGGAGGGAGAGGGGGAGAGACGAUGCUUGGAGCUACAGACUCAGUACACUCAUCUCAACCAAACGGUGACGGAACAGAAGGAUCUCAUUGGUCAACUUGAGAAGGACCUUCUUAGUGUGAACGCACUCUCUACAAAGUACAGGGGAGAAGGAGAGGGCCAAGCCACUCCCUCAAACACAGAAGCAGAACUGGUAGCAAAGGCUGUAGGAGAACAAAACAUUACCCUUGCCAAGGAAACAGCUUCUACAGGAGGAGCUGCUGAGUCAUUGCUUCCUAUUGUUUCCAGUCAGAGAGAAAGAUUUCGACUUAGGAAUCAAGAACUAGAAGUGGAAAGUCGUCAGCACCAGCAGCAGAAUAUAGUCCUACAGAAUGAAGUAGACAAACUGAGACAGGACAAUGUGAAGCUCUAUGAGAAAAUCAGAUUCUUACAGAGUUAUCCAUCAUCAAGGGGCACCAACAGACUUGACGAUACAGAGAGUCGAUACCAGAGCCAGUAUGAAGAAAGACUUGAUCCAUUCAACUCGUUUAGUAGGAAAGAGAAGCAGAGGAAAUACAUGGGACUCAGUCCAUUUGAUAAGGCUACUCUCAAUAUGGGUCGUUUAAUCCUAUCCAAUAAGAUAGCCCGUAUGAUCACCCUGACUUAUACCAUCAUACUACAUCUUCUAGUCUUCCUUGUCCUCUACAAGAUGGCCCAUACCGAAUCCUGCAAGAGAGAUCUGGCUUCAGAAUGUGUGCAGAAAUUUGCUGAUCAUAUGCAUAUCUUCCACCCUGAUGGUGGUGCCGAAGGGGGCGCUGUUCACGGUCAAAACGUAGGCGGCUGA